AUGUCGCCGACGGAAUCGCCGGGAACACAAGUUGAGUUGCACGAUUGUCGUGAUGUCAUCGGUAGUGGUUCGUCAAUUCAUUCCAUCAAGUUCUCGGAAUUCCAUAUGUUCGACGCUAACUGGAAAUUGAAAUUCCGUGCUGAUUGGGUAGAUUACUUGAAUACAUACGUUGUAUCGUUACGCUUGCGUCACCGUAGAAAUUCUGUGGAUGAUAUUUGGAAUUUGGAUACAGCUGUAAAAAUUCAAUUCGAUGAAGAAUGGCUGAAAGGAGGCGUGCUUUUUGACACAAACUUCUCUCAUCGUAAGCGAGAAGUCGAGAUAACGACAAUGGAUAUUGCUGUUGAAAAAGUAAAAGAGCCAAACAUGCAAGUUCGCAUGAAAAUCAUCAUGCAGGUGAAGAGUGCAGCAGGAAUACAACUUCGCAAUUUUUUAGACUUUUCACGCCCUCUUCCGAUCUUCUCCGAUACUAUCAUUAAAGUAGAGGGAAUGCAGUUCCACGUAAAUCGCAUGAUUCUCUCUAUGGCGUCACCUAUCUUCCUUCAAACAUUUAUGGAUACACAAGACGAUGAAAACAACGGUGUCGAAAUCUGUAACGUAUCGAGCCAUGAUUUCCGUCGUAUUCUCAACGCUAUAUACCCACCGCAUAUGCCACCGAAACAAUGGAUUAAAGCAAAAGCUCUUCAAAUCUCGAUAGUGUUUGAAGUAGCUGACAAAUGGCUGGUCAAAUACGGAAGGUUCAAAUUGGAAGAUUCACUUUUGUUAGCUCAGACCUUUGGACUGCGAGAGUUGAUGGGUUCAAAACUUGCCAAAAUCGAAUCAAUUGAUGAAUUGCGGAAGCGUCGUGGAGAAAUUUCAUCGCUGAGCCACAAAACAAAAUCUCUCAUUCUAGACCACAUUCUAUUCUCCCUCUGA